AUGGCUUACAAGGAUAACUGUCAAUCAGGUGGUUGUAUUAAAUUUCUUCGUCAAAUCAUAGGUCAAAUCAAACUUUUUAGUAAAAUUCUUUGGGUUCAGUUUGUUUUUCUUCCUCCAAAGCCUGCUGGCUGUAAACAGUCCAAACAAAAUCUUGAUUGGCUGCUCACGAUAGAUGUUUAUAUUCUCCACACAAACAAAAAAAAUUUGGUGGAAAAUUUUGUAACCGAAACAAAAAAGAAGAGUGCAAGGCGAAAGGGGUUGCGGUCUAUUGCGAGCACUUUGCGCGAGCGAAUUGAUGUCAUAGUUAAGGACUUUUCGGAGGAGAAACGAGCAGAAAUUAUUUCUUUACAGACCACUUUAAUUGACACUGUUAAACAGUUAAAGGAGUUAGAUGAAGAGCUAUACGGUGUUUUAUCGGCUGAAGAGAUCGAAACCGACGUUAUGGAGGCUACAGAAUUUUAUCUAUUAGUGAACAUGAGUCUCGCGACUAUUACUACCGCUACCGGACCACAUGUUUCAGCCACAGAAUCGACACGGUCUGACCAGUUUAAUUCAGCCAUUAAUGACAAUGACAGUUUGAAUGCAAUUGAUAAAUUUAAUUAUUUGAAGAGAUACGUCGAAGGAACCGCUUUAUCAACUAUUUCUGGGUUAGAAUUGACGAACAGUAACUACGAAAAUGCUAUAGAGUUGCUUAGAAACCGUUUUGGCAACGAACAAGUGCUCAUUAACGCGCACAUGGAAGCCCUGUUGAAGAUUGAGUCAGUACGAUCAAUGGAUAACACCCAACAAUUGAGAAAACUUUAUAAUGAUGUUGAGAACUGUAUUCGAAAUUUGAAAAAUUUGAAGUAUAAUAGCGAAAUGCUGAGUUUAUUGAUUCCGGUUCUGAACGAAAGAAUUCCCAACGAAUUACGAAUGAUUAUUUCUAGAAACUUUGGAGAGGAGAAGUGGUCCGUUGAAAAGAUGCUGUUUUUUAUCAAUAACGAACUGCAAGCUCGAGAGAGGUGCACUGUAACCGCGAAAGGCAAAGGACAAACUCCCAGUGAAAAUUACAAGAGAGGAGGAAUUUCUACCGCAAAAUGUGUUUUCUGUCACGAUUCUCACUCUCCGUCGAGGUGUUCGAAAGUUACCAACGUACAAACACGUUCGCAAAUUAUGAAAAAGGAAGGGCGUUGCUUUUUAUGCUUGCAGCAUGGACACAUUUCAAAGAACUGUUGUUCAAAUUACAUAUGCAAUAGAUGUGGAAGACGUCACCACAUCUCUUUGUGUAUGAAAGAAAAACGUGCCGAAAGAAAAGAUAAAGACAACAAUGGCUCGGAGGAAAACCCUUCUAACGAAACCAACGCGAAUCACAUCAGCCAAGAAAACAAAGGAAUUCUUUUGCAGACGGCUAAAGCUUUUGUUUCGAAAGAAAGGGAGAGCAGGAACAUACAAACGAGAUUCAUGUUUGAUUCAGGUAGCCAGAGAACAUAUGUCACAAAUGAACUGAAAGAAAAACUGAAUUUAGAAACAAUUCGAAAGGAGAAAUUAAUUAUUAACACUUUUGGCCAUAGCAACAGCCAAUCGAGAGAGCUACCCGUUGUUAAGUUGUAUGUAAAAACCGCUGACCGCUCAUCUACCGUACCCAUCGAAGCCAUUGCCGUACCAAACAUUUGCGCUCCUCUCUCAAAUCAGAAUGCGAAAUAUUACGCUGAUAAUUACGAACACUUGAAGCGGUUGAAAUUAGCAGAUUUUUCAAAUGGUGAAACGAGACUGAAUGUUCACGUUCUGAUUGGUUUAGACCAUUAUUAUUCAUUCAUUACCGGCGAAGUUGUUCGAGAUCCGAGAGGCGGUCCUAUCGCUAUCAAUUCCAAACUUGGCUGGAUUUUGUCCGGAGGUGAACAGUCGAAAGCGAACGAAUCAAGCUGCAUGGAAGUCCACGCCUGCCGUGUUGAUACCGAAAACACAAUUCUUCGUGACGAGUUGAACAAGUUUUGGCAAAUUGAGUCGAUCGGUGACGGAGAAAACGAAAACGUAUUAUCUUCUUUUAAACAAACUCUUGAAUUCAACGGUGAACGCUACGUGACCGAAUUACCAUUUCGUCCUGAUCAUGAUAAACUUUCCGAUAAUUUUGCAGUUUCGAAACAACGCUUAGAUUCUCUUGUUAACAAACGAUUACGAAAUGAACCUGAUUUAGCUGUGCAAUACAACGACGUUUUUGCAGACUACGAAUCGAAACAGAUUAUAGAAAAAGUUCAAGAAAGUGAGAUAGCUUGCGAAAAUGCUCACUACCUUCCGCAUCAUCCGGUUGUACGCCAAGAUAAAAGUACAACGAAAGUUCGUCCUGUUUUUGAUGGAUCUUGUGCCGUUCACAAACCAUCCCUCAAUGACAUUUUGUACUCUGGUCCUAAUUUACUUGCUAAGGUGUUUGACAUUCUGCUGAGAUUCCGUACGAACUACGUCGCUUUAGUUGCUGAUAUUCAACAAGCCUUCUUGAAUAUUGAAAUCGCUGAGAAAGACCGUAAUUAUCUUCGUUUUUUGUGGAAAGAAAACCCUACCGAGAACGAUUCAAAGCUCAUUAUCUAUCGAUUUCUGCGUGUCGUGUUUGGGUUAACGUGCAGUCCGUUUUUACUCAAUGGGACAAUCCAACACCACUUGGAGACUUACGAAAUUAUCUGCCCCGAAAUUACUGAUGUUUUGAAGGAUGACUUGUACGUCGAUGACCUAACAACCGGUACCGAUACCGUAACUGAAGGCAAGAAACUUUACGAAAUUAAUAAACAAAUCAUGAAAGAAGGAGGGUUCAAUUUGCGAAAAUGGGCUACUAAUAACAAUGAAUUACAAACUUUUAUCGAUAAAAUUGAGAACGUGAAUUCUGAACCGAAUAGCGACAAAACUGUUAACCCCAAAGUAUUAGGGAUCGAGUGGGACAUCGACAGAGAUAUUCUAGUGUACCGAUUUGACGAGUUAUUGAAACGAGCGAAAGAACUGUUUCCAACAAAAAGAAACAUUUUACGUAUAUCUGCUUCAUUUUAUGACCCGUUGGGCCUGAUCGCACCAAUCACCACCAAAGUAAAGGUUCUUUUCCAGAAAUGUUGUCAACACAAGUCCGACUGGGAUGAUCCACUGCAAGGGGAACUGCUUAAACAAUGGAGAGAUAUAUUGAACGAUUUUGCGAAUUUACAAACUUUUGAGAUACCACGUUAUUUAUUCUGUGAACCGCGUCAUGAAAUUCAAUCAAUUGAACUGCAUGGAUUUUGUGAUAGCUCGACGAUUGCCUACGCUGCUGUGAUUUAUGCAAAAAUACGAACUAACCUCGGCGUAAGUGUUUCGCUAGUGACUGCUAAAACGAAAGUUGCGCCCCUAAAGCCGCAUUCUGUUCCACGUUUAGAAUUGCUAGGAUGUGCUCUCUUAGCAAAGUUGAUGAGCCAUGUGCUUAAUGCGAUCAAUGGUAGAUUGAAAGUUGAUCGUUUUUUCGGUUGGUCAGAUUCGGAAGUUGCCCUUUGUUGGCUAAAAGGCAAAUUGAAGCAGUGGAAGCCAUGGGUAGAAAACAGAGUUGUUUAUGUUCGAUCAGUCAUUCCAUCGGAAUCAUGGUUUCACGUUUCCACCAUUCAUAACCCCAGUGAUAUACCUACCAGACCAGACAAAAUUGGUGACUUCAAUUCAAAUUUGUGGUUAAACGGUCCUGAAUUUCUGUCUGAUUCCAGCUUUGUUCCACCUGAGUUUCAUGUCAACAAACAUUCAUUCGAUGUUUUGUCAGAAGAGAAGAAAAGUCAUUUACAUGAUAUUAUAGACGAGACUAAGUUUAGCUCACUGAAAAAGCUUAUAACUACCAUUGGAUAUGUUUACAGAUUUGCGAAUAAAUUGUUAAAUCGAAUUCGAAAAAGAGACUUAUCAGUAUGCAACGAUCGUGAACUGUCGACUCAAGAAUACAAAAGUGCAUUUGAUAUUUUGAUUACAAACAAUCAACGAAAACUUCGAAACAACCAAAACUACUUCAACAAACUUUCGUCCGCCCUGAAGUUGUUUGAAGAUGAGAAAGGAGAUUUACGUGUUAAAGGACGUUUUGGUGAGAAUAAAAAGCUUUCAUAUGACGAAAGGUAUCCGUUGAUUCUUUCGAGUGAUUCACAUUUUGCAAAACUUCUGGUUGAAGAUGCCCACGAAAAAACAUUUCAUCAAGGCGUAGAAGCGACACUCAACAUGUUACGAAUGAAGUUUUGGAUUCCGAAAGGUAGACGCACAAUCAAAUCCAUUUUACGACAGUGCAUUGUUUGUCGACGAUACCAAGGCAAACCUAUUAAAUCACCACCGACUCCAGAUCUACCAGAAUACAGGUAUUGCGCUUCGAGAGCUUUUGAACACGUUGGGUUCGAUCAUGCUGGUCCACUCUACAUUCGUACCGAGAACCGAAACACGACAAAGGUAUACGUAUUAAUACUUACAUGUGCUACUACUAGAGCUGUGCACUUUGAGCUUUCACCCGAUUUAAAGACGCCAGCGUUCAUUAGAGCUUUCAAAAGAUUUCAAUCCAGAAGAGGAACGCCUGCUACGGUUGUGCAUGAUAACUUUAAAACGUUUAAAUCUAACCAUGUAAAAAGAUUUAUGAGACAUGAGUCUAUUGAAACUAACCCGAUUCUCCCCAAGAGUCCUUGGUGGGGAGGAUUUUAUGAAAGGAUCGUCAGAUCAAUGAAAACCGCCUUGCGUAAGACCAUUGGGAAGGCACUAUUGACUUUCGAAGAGCUCGAGACAGUUCUGUGCCAAGUUGAAGCAUCGAUUAACUCAAGACCACUUACAUAUCAGAGUGAGGACGAUCUUGGACAGACUAUCACACCUUUGCAUUUGAUUUACGGCUCGAACAUUGUUGGUGCUGAAUGUGUCCCAAUGAAUGAUACCGACCAGUGCUCGAAACGAUUACUUUAUGUACAACGAGUGCUUGACGAUCAGUGGCGACGAUUUUAUCGAACGUAUUUGAACGAAUUACGGCAACAUCACUUCUACAGAAAGGAUGGCAGAGAAACACCUGAUUUAAAGUUGAACGACGUCGUGGUGGUGAAAGAUGAUAACCAACUGCCAAGAAGUAGAUGGCCAUUGGGUAAAGUUACGGAACUGAUCUAUGGAAAGGACGGAUUUAUUCGUGGUGCGAAGAUUCGGGUUAACACCAAGAAAGGACUUGUUUCUACGAUAACGCGUCCUAUUCAAAAACUGAUUCCACUUGAAAUAGCAAAUGAGACUGAAAACGAAGUUGAAAAAGUUGAAAAAAGUGAACUUGAAAAACCCGCUGAAGACACUCUCAAUGAAGAUGAGCAACAACGAAGGCCGACGAGAAAGGCUGCGGUUGAAGGACAGUUGAUGCGUAAACUCCGCGAAGAGUAUUUAUAG